CUUCUGCUGCUGUUGUUGCUGCUGCUGCUGUUGUUGCUGCUGCUGCUGUUCGCGCUGCUGAUGUUAGCGGAGUUGCCCUUUGGGGCUCUUCUUUAAUCGGCGCCCACUGGCUGGCGGACAUCGCCGAGGAAGACCCUGGCGCAUUUGAAGGCAAAGAAGUGCUGGAGUUGGGGGCGGGCUGCGGGCUGCUGGGCCUUUGCUGCGCGCUGCUGCUGCAGCAGCAGCAGCAGCAGCCAGCAGCAGUUUUCUUGUCCGACAUAUUUCCCCACGCCCUGGACAACCUCCGACACAACUGCAGCAUCAACAGACUCCAGCUGCAGCAGCAGCAGCAGCAACAGCAACAGCAGCAGCAGCAGCAGCAGCAGCAGCGGCGGCCUGUUGUGGAUGUGCUGCGCCUGGACUGGUGCGACCCAGCGACCUGGCCCAAAGACAAGGACGGCAAGCCAAAGAAGUUUGACGUGCUGCUGGCGAGUGACUUGAUUUACGAAGCAGCAGCAGCGCAGCAGUUUGCUGCUGCUGCUGCUGCUCUUCUGAAGCAAAAGACUGGCCGCCUUUACUACACCCACAGACUCCACAGAGAUGGAGCAGCAGCUGUUGCUUACUGGCUGCGGAAGGCGCAGCUAAAAGUGGCCGAACAUUCUCCGCCUCUUUCUUACUUCCGAAACUGCCUCCUCGACAAGUCUGACAAGGAGUUUUACGCCCUCUUCAGCGAACUGGAGGCAGAAAGUGACUUCGUGCUGCUGAAGGCCGCCUGGCGCUAG